AUGGAUUCUAGCUUGUGCGGCCGCAAGAAGUAUAAGAGUGCAGCUCCUGUCGAAGACAGUGAUAAGGAGAAUGACGCUGAGGAAGAAGACAAUGACGAGCAUGAGGCUCGUGGCCAGUCCUCCGCACCCUCUGGCGCACCCUCUUGUCAUGCUUCCAACGCCACUCCAGCACCCUCUGGCGCACCCUCUGGCGCACCCUCUCGUCAGCUGUCUGACGCUACUUCCAACGCCACUCCCGCACCUCAUGUGUCUCGUGAUACUCGCUUCUCCACACCCUCUCCUCACUUCAGCAAUGAUUCUGACACUAAUAGUGCUCUCCUGGACUGUGAUGCUAUGUUGGAUAGGUUAGGCGAAAUCUUUGGAUCUACACAUCAAGAUGAAACAACGAUGUCUAUGAUUGCACCAUGA